AUGGUCUGUGUCGCUGUCUGCACGCUGUCGACACAGGACGUCGAGCGACACCGGUGGCAGUGCCACCCAGGAGUGGUCGGGCGGUCUCCCGUCAUGAGAGGGCCACCAUCUGGAGCUGUGUCGCCGGCGUGCGGCGGCCUGCCUCCGGAGGGCUACAAUAGUGCCAGUGAGGCGGAGGCGCGUCCGAGUCGGAAGGCCGCGCCCGCCGACCGUGAUUUGGUCCCUCCAUUUCCUACAAUCGCUGUGAACCCAGCCACGUAUACGUAA